AUGGAUGACGAAAACUACAACAAUUUGAAAAGGGACAGUCUGUAUCAAACUGAAUUCAAAAAUUUCAAAGUUUCAGCAAAAUUCAAUGAUAUUUAUCGAAUUGACAAUACGCUAGCCAAGUCGGAACUUAUAAAGAUUUUAGCGAGGAUUGAUCUGGAAAUAGAACAGCGAGGUGGUAUCGAGGUUUAUCAGUCUGCAUCUACCCAAGGUCAAGCUGGAAAGAGGGGAGGAGAUUCAUCGAAGAAGUUGGUGGAGUGGCUCCAAGACGAAAAGUACAAAUCGAGAUUUCAAAACGUUACGGCAUUGGAAAUUGGCUGUUUGAGUCCAUACAACGCCAUCUCAACGUGUGGUUUAUUUACCUCAGUUUGCAAAAUCGAUUUAAAUUCCCAAGAUACUGCCAUUAUCCAGCAGGAUUUUAUGCAACGACCAUUACCUACAAAUGAGUCUGAAAAAUUCAACUUGAUCUCAUGCUCACUUGUGAUAAACUUUGUUCCAUCGCAUAAUGAGCGAGGUGAUAUGUUGAAGCGGAUAACCAAGUUUUUGAAAUCACCCAAGAAUGGAAGCUUGAGCAGCUUGUUCUUAGUGUUGCCAUUGCCAUGUGUAACAAACUCACGAUACUUUGACAAUGAUAGACUACUUCAGAUUAUGUCGUCUUUGGGAUUUAUACAAACAUUUUUUUACGAGGCAAAGAAGGUGGCUUAUUGGCUUUUUGACUGGAAUGGAAGAGUUGGCAAAGCUCUAACAUUUCCAAAGAAGGAGUUACACUCUGGAUCUCAGAGAAACAACUUUUGUAUUACACUAUAA